CCAUAAAUACCCUUACAAAGAGUCGAGUAUGAAGCUGUCGUUCGGAUAACUGCAGCGAUUCGGUCGGAUAAUAACUUGAUUAUACUUAUUUUAAGUAGUAUGUAUUGUUUUUAUUAGUGCUGCGUUAGCGAAAUAGGAUUUUUUUUUUAAAUAGUUGGGGUUAGUUUUUAUAUUAUCUCAAUUAUUAUUAUUAUUAUUAUUAUUAUUAGAAUGUCUGUCCGGCGGGGGGGUUUGAUGUUGCUCUGGCUCGCGCUGUCCCUUCUGUUACCUGCCGGACUUCUGACCGACGUGACGUGUCCGGCCGCCCCGCUAAACGCGCUCAAUUUCACUGACAUACCACAGCAACCUGCCGGCCGGGUGACAAGCGAUGCGGGGGCUUUAGCACCCCUGUACGGCUUCGUGAAGUCUUUCCUAGGCUGCGUGCAACCCAAUCCCUUUCCCGAAGAAUUAUUACGGAAUCUGCUGAAUAAUGAGGGCGUCGACGUCAUAAAGGUGGCUCGUUAUGAAGCUGGUUACAUUGUGUGCGCUCUGCUCGGCCUGCUCUUCCUCUUCUUCAUGCCCCUGGUCGGAGCGAUCUUCGCGUGCUGUCGCUGCUGCGGACGGUGUGGGGGCAGGGCCAAAAAGGACCGCGAGGCCUUGCGCUGCCAGCGCAACGCCAUGAUCACAUUCCUCACCAUGACAACCAUCGUCAUCCUUGCAGGGAUGGUUCUGGCUUUCACUGCUAAUGAGAAGGUGACGAAGGCAGUGGAUCCCUCUCUCAGUUCACUGGACUCAACUCUGGAGACUCUCAAGAACUUCGCCAACUCUCUGCCUCAGAAAAUCAACAUUGUUGUUGACCAGUACUCUAUCCCAAAGACCAAAAUCAAAGGGGAUCUAGAUGGCAUUGGCAGAUUAAUUGGUGAUGAGAUCGCCUCCCAGCUGAACAGUUCUGUGACCGCAGCUCUGGAUGCAGUAUCCGUCAACGUCGAAGAUAUCAAGAGUGUGAUGGACAGCCUGCAGUCCAUCAGAGACAAGAGACAGACUCUGCAGAGCCGACAGCCUGUCCUCGUCACGAACCUGAACGAACGAAAGAGCAGACUGCAGCAAACACUCACGAGCCCCGCCUGCUCAAACUGCCAGCCCCUCUCCCUCUCCACAGACAAGCUGCAGAUAGAGGCAGACUACAGCAAGAUUUCCAGUGUGGACAGCGAGUUGAACAUUAUGAGAGACAUCGCUGCUUAUGAUCUGCAGGGUCAGAUUGAAAAGGGAAAGGAAACAUUCAAGAACGUCCCUCAAAUGGUCAUCAACGAGACCAGCACUGCAGUACAGAGUAUCAAGGCGGCUCUGGAUGGGAUUCAGCCUGAGCUGGACAGACUCCCCUUCCCUUCCCUGAGCUCAGCCACGGCUACCAUCACCAACAUACAGCUGGAACUCAGGAAGCAGGGCCAGGAGGUGCAGCGAUACGACUACAUCAGGUGGAAUGUAUCCAUUGUCCUGUGCUGUAUGAUCCUGCUCAUUGUGCUGCUGAAUUUCCUGGGCCUGGCGUUCGGGAUUGGGGGGGUGUGGUCACGGCAGGAUCCCGGCAAGCCAAACUGCCCAUCCAGCUCGGGAGCAAACCUCCUCAUGGCGAGUGUUGGGUUCAGCUUCCUCUUCUCCUGGCUCCUGAUCCUGCUGGUUUUCGUCAUUUUCUUCGUCGGGGGGAAUGUGGAGACCAUCUUCUGCAGGAACUGGAAGAACCAGGAGCUGUUCAAGUUUGUUGACACGCCAGGAAACCUGCCCAGCAAUCUGGACGUCACAAACGCCUUCGGGAUCAAAUUCAACACCAGCGCUGUUUACAAUGGCUGCAAGGCUGGUCAGUCUCUCUACACAGUUCUCAAUCUGGACCAGCAAUUUAAUCUGCAGAAGUUUCUGGAUGUCAGUAAGCUCUCUGCAGAGUUCACUGUGAAGCUGGGCUUGCUGAGUGUGGAUCUCAGUGGCGUGCAGCUGCUGUCUGACGAGGGCCGAAAGAAAGUGCAGGAGUUCAGAGAUGUCAACAAAAUCAACAACUCCUUCAAUAGCACAGAGUUAAAUAAAAGCCCAGUGCAAACCGACCUCCUGAUGUUUGCAGCCCAGCUGGAGAAAAAGGCAUCAGAGCAGGUGGAUCCUCUGGUAAAAAACAACUUGACAGACGAAGCCCAAAAACUGAGAGACUUGCAGAGAGACGUCGUAGACUUGCAGAUAAACGACGUGGCAGAAUUGAAUGCCAGCCUUAGCGCCCUGUCCUUCACCAGAAAGGACCUGCAGGGUCACGCUGAUAAAACCUUAAGCAGCCUCGAUACUGUGAAGAGCAAACUCAAGACCGAUCCUCUUGAAAUUACAACAAAGCUGUCCCUCUGUUUUCUCGAUAAAGCCUUGGCCAGUUUGCAGCAGUACCUGGACUGGGUUUUGAAAAUGGUUGUUGAGUUGUUGAGUUGUCAGUCUCUGAUUGUCUCCCUGGAUAACGUCUACACCAUCAGCUGUGAGAAUGUACUGAACCCCUGGAAUGCGUUUUGGUUGAGUCUGGGCUGGUGCACGCUCUUCCUCAUCCCCAGCAUCAUCUUCGCCGUCAAAACAGCGAAACACUUCAGAGCCGUGAGGAGCAGCGCCAAAUCAAUUGACCUCGUCUCGCUGGACACCAGGGCUAUGUUUGGUCAGUUGCCCCGAGCGAAGCUGUACCAGUAGAGGCGCGUCUCACUUGUGUGGCAGGAACAGCAUCAUCACGUUUAGAAGCUUUCCUAGCUGCGGAAUGACGGUUCGAGGAAGGGCGAAAAAAGACAGAAGACCUUCAUCCCAAAUCCCGAGACCCUCUGAUUAUUCACACCCAGCCUUAGAUUCAGAUCGUUUGAGAAGCUGCUUCCUGCUACCCGGGUCACUUCCUGUGCUGCGGGUCAAGCAAAGAACAAAAUGUGUAGUCCCGGUGUCACAGCAUAUAUAUUCCCCCUGGAUAUUUGAUCUCCCUAGGAACCAAUAUUCAGGAAUAUCGGUUCCCCUUCCAAAUAUUUGUACCCCCUUAUCCUUUUGUAACAGUCAUCUUUCUUUGCAUAGAAGUCUUUAUCCAUGCACUUUCAAAUAAACAUUUUAGACUACUUUUCCUAACCCCAACCGUAACCUUGUACCACCCAGUCCCCUAACCCCAACCCAAUAUUUGCUGAAUAUUGGUUCCUGUUUCCCUCCCUGCAAUAAUAAAAGUGACAAAACUACUAAAAUGAUGUUGCAUUCAAAAGAAAUAUGUAUUACACAUGUUGCAAUUAUUUUACAGGCUUGAUUAAUUAUAAUAAAUAACAGCAGUAUCAGAUUCUCCAACA